AUGCAGGUGAUAUGCUUCGGUUUCCCAAGUCAGGAUGGCAACCUCGGGGACUAACCUCUGAAGUAUCUGAUUCAGAGGUUGGUCAAUAAGGUUUAAACACUUAGUUAUCCCCUUGGAAUAUCUAAUUCCAAAAUGUAGAAAUACCAUAUGCCAUACAAUAAAUAACUCCAUUGACUGUCACAAAUCAAGUAACCUUACGAGGCCUGGGCUACAGUGAACUGAUUUAGCAUAAGGGAAGUGGUGAGCACGGGAGCUGGGAAACAUAAUAGUAAAACAAAUCCAAUGAUUGACAAGAAGAGAGGAAGAGGCAAUGAUAAGAGGCAAGCAAUUACGUUAAAUGACAAUCUGAUGCAAGUAGAUUUCUUUUUUCUUCUUCUUCUUCUUCUUCUUCUUCUUUAGAGAUGGGCAGUGGGAAGGGAUUUGCAGUGGCUGAGCAAUGGUUGCAAGUGAAAGCCAGAAGUCUGGAACUGAACAGGUUCGAGUCAAAUUGCAGAGAUUCAUACAACUUGCUGCAAGUCUCUACCAGAUUAAGCCAACAAACUAUGUGUAUGGUACACGAUCCAAAAAUGUUUAAUACAGCACUCAGUGCUCCAUAAAAAUGGCAAUGAAAGAGAAGCAAUGCGACCACUGAAAUGGAAAAGCGUGCAUGUUGACUGACACCUUGAGUCUCUCAGGAUCAUGGCCAACAAGGGUGCCCCAGAAACCAUCCCUAAGACUCGAGUCCCAUAAGGAACUACUGACAGCAUGUCCCACUUGGGAGGAACACAAUCAGGCAAAUUGGACUAUUGCCAAGCCAUAGUCUGUAUAUCACUUUUCCUGGGUCAAGUACAACUCAAGCCCCCUCUUAAAAAGCAGAAUAUGCACAAUUCAUCUGAAAUAUCUCAUACCCUGUUAAUAUGUUAAAGAAGUUAACAGUAAGAUGGAAACCAGUGACCAGGUACAACCAAUGAUAGUCAUAUCAUUACCAUCUUAGCAUUUUGACAAGAAAUUAGAAGAAAUUGACAGCUACAGGAAAUGCUAA